UGAAGGAUCAACAGGCAGCCUGAACAUUCGCUGCUCUCUGUUGCUACAAACUUAAGACUUGUGCAAAGCCUGUAAAGAAUGGGAAAGACUUGUGUAACUUUUUGGCCAAGACAACUCACUGUCAUGUGGAUGUACUUCAGUCGACUUCUUUCGUUGAUGCUCUAAACAUGGCAAGUCUUUCAGCACAGAGCCAAGGGAGGCUGUCUGGAGAGGAUUAUCAGGGACAAAAAUGAGAAAACAUUCUGCCUUAUAGAGGAGACACAUCUGCAAAGAUGAACCCAGAAUCUCUGGACUCGUCCAUCCAGGGUGCCCUCUCGGCCCUCUUCCCUCCUUUCGAGGCCACAGCACCCAUCGUCCUCAGCCAGUUGUUUCGCACCAUAGAGGAGCGUUACCACGGUGAUGCGUUACAGUGUCUGCUGGACUUCCUUAUCCCCUCUAAGCACCUGCUGGAGAGUGUCCAACAGGCAGCAUGCGCUGGAUACUCUGAUGUGGUUUUCCGCUGUGAGGGCUGGCCUCUGUGUCUCCAUGACAAAACCGUCAUCCAGUUAGCACCCGUUAACCCUUUGCUGCUGCGCCCUGGAGACUUCUAUCUUCAGGUUGAACCUUUCGGGGACCAAGCAGCUCGCAUUGUCCUCAAAAGUCUUCUGGAGGAGGGUUGUCGAGAGGUGGAGGAGACCCCCGUCCCUGAGACCUCCUACCCCUGCAUCUUCACUGAGGAAUGGCUGCAGGACAUCAAUGAAGGACGCCAGGGAACCCCUCUGUCACGUUGCUUGCUUUGCACAGAUCAAGGAGUAAUUAAGUUGCCUUGGGCUACAAUUGCCAUCCCAGAGUUUUUAGACAAACCUAAGAUCAUGCCAACUUACCGGGAAGCUCCCCCUGAGCCAAAACAGAUCUCAGUUCCCUCCCAUUUCAAUUCCUCCACCCUCCCAAUGGAAGCCAUUUUUCUUUCUUCAAAAGACCGAAUGCCAGCAUCUUUGCGACCUGCGGACUGUUCUUCCAAACUUGUCAAAAUGGAUCAUGAUAGACGAACCCCCAAGUCAUGCUCCAGACCUUUAAUCAAACCUGUUGGUUGGGUUUCUCCUAACACCUGGGACAGCCGUAACUAUCGAGAGAUAGAGGGCGAUUAUGUAGACCUGGUAGAUAUCGCCAAAGGGAAGGAGUUUGUGGAUAAACAGAGAGGCAGUCAUCCAAAUCCACCCAAUCCAGUUUUGUUCAAACCUGUCAGACCACCGCCACCUGUGCCUCUUGGGAAUAGCGUUCCCUGUGGACGCACCCUUCAGUAUCCAGAGGAGCCUUGUACACCGUGCAGCCAGAGACGGCUGGGGCAUGAGCUCACUGAUCAAGACUUGAAGUGUAGAUACAGAGACUCAUAUGUGGCAGCACUGAGAAACCCAGUUGCCUUUGAAAGGGGGAGUGUGGACCUUCUGGCUGCGCUGGAGGAGGUCGGCGUUUGUGAAGAGGGUGAACUAAGAUCCAGGGGUGCAUUUGAAGCUCAAAGAGGCGAACUCACAAACUUUUGUGUCCACUGUAACAAACCCACGAUAAGUAAGGAGCUCUGCCAAUACAGACACUGCUGUGAACCGACACCGGAAAACUUUGUGCCUCACCUCAAGGACCUUCCCACAAGUUCUGAUUCAGAAAACCUCAUGAAGGAAUCACCCAAGAUUUUGAUAUCAACCCCUGGCUUGAGCCACAGUCACAAAGUUCACAUGAAACUUAUAUCCCACCAGUCACAACAUAAUGCAAGUGUGCAUCCAGAAUCAGAUGGUGAUGUUAAACCACAUCAGAAGGUGGAGGUCGUGAAACCAUCAGGAAAACACAAAGUUAAGGUUAGGUCUCUGUCCACCGUGUCAGAGACUUCUAAAGGAAGUCCACUUCUCUAUAAACUCAACAACAGGAGCCACAGCGAUAUCUGCCCUGAAACAAUCACCAGCAUAAUGCAGUGUAAAAAAGGUGAACUGUUGGAUCAGGUGACUCUGAAGCUGGAAAGACUCAAGCCCCCUAAAAAAGACUCACAGUCAAGUAGGGGUGAGACUCCCUCCACUGCAGAUGGACCAGACGCCAAACUCCAUAACUCAAAGAUAGAAAAGCCAUCUUCUGCACAAGUUCAAUUACCCUCUGCAAGUUCUGACACUCCUCAGCCACCACAGACCAAGGAAUCAAGUUUGAAAAGCAUCAGUGGUCUACUGGAACUGGGCAUUAUUACUUUGCCAGGCAGCAGGGACAGGACAGGCAGGGCAGUGGUGGAGGUCCAUGGAGGCAGAGAUGAGUGGAUGUCCCCUCUUGUUACAGCCCAGAAUGUCUGUGAAUUAUUACUCUACUUACACUCCAUACCAAGGAAAGAAGUGCGGGAGCUAGGAAUGACUUUGGUCAUCAAUGCCAGGAAGAAGCCUCCUUCACUUCACCUCUACAAAGCUCUACUGAUGGCGCAGGAGCAAGCUCUCCAUGCUGUCCAUAGUAUUGUGAUGCUGAUGGAUAAAGACACGUGUCCUCGACCUGAAAAACAGCCAGGGUUACAGAUGGACAUGGUGACCUCUAUGAAAGCCCUCAACAAGACAGUUGAAUCUUCCCAGCUGACCUCUGACCAUGGAGGGACAUUUACUUACAGUCAUGCCGACUGGCUGCAGUUCCAUCAGAGACUGGUUUCCUUCAUGGCUGACCUGCAAGGAGCAGACAGCUUGCUGCAGAAGGCCAUCAAGAAAGUGGAUGGCAGCAAAAAGAUAGACACCGCCCAGGAAGUGCAGCAAUGCAUUGAGGAACAGAGGGCCUCAAUGAAAGAAGUGCUCGAGGAUACUCGACUGGUAACUCUGCAGAGAGAAGGAGGGGCCGCACUGGCCAGAAUGAGGAGGGAGGAGUUCAGAUUCCCUCAGUCUGAAGACUACAGAGAUGCUCUGGAGUCAGUGACGAGUCUGUAUAACCAAGUGGAGGAGAAGCUCCACACUCUGGUGAUGAGAUCAAAUGAGUCACUGCAGCACCUGGAGUUCCUCUUCAGGCUCAGAGAGAUGGAGGCCAAAAUUAGCACGGCUGGGAUGUGGUUCAGUUCAGAAGGCGAAGAGAGACUAAAGGACUCUUACACAACAGAUGAGACCCUGGUGUGCACUGAAAAGGCCUUGCAACACUUUGAUGAUUUUCUCACUGAGUCUAAGGAGAAACAACGGUACGCCUUGACGCUAGUGACGGCGGCAGAGGAAGUUGUUGGCAUGAGUGAUUCCAGUCCUGCAACAGAUGUUUUUCUCACUAUGGUCAGCACUUUCAAAUCCAAUAUGGAUGAUUUUAUGUUGCGGGCAGAACAGAGGCACAAAGAACUGGACACACUGGUUCAUAUGUACCGCUUCUGUGAACAGGCAUCUGCCCUGGCCAAGGAAUGCAGUCAUUUUUUGGAGCAGGUAGAGCAGGGGUGUUACUCAGCUCAGACCCUAAGCACACUCCAGAUGUAUGAAGAAAGAUUAGGUGGCGAAUUCUCCACCCCGCACCUCCAGGCUGUGAAAGCUAAGGCCUGUGUGGUGCAAAGAGGGGCCUUGGGGGUGAUGAGAGUGUGGAAUGCAGCCUGGGUCCAGUGCCAAGAAGUAAGGCAGCGUCUUGAGGAGAUGCAAAAAAAGGAGAAAAGCACAGAUAAGAACCAGAUCCAGCAUACCACAUCUGCAAAGUCUCAAGGGAAAGAUGGAGGACUGGAGAAGGAGGAGAAGGGGAGCGAGGUGGGGGAGGAUGAAUGCUCCCUGACCCAGCAGCUGACCUCUCAAAAAGAGGUAGUCAAUAUCUCAGAAAGUGAAAGAGAAACUGCUGCAUGCUUCAACCAACAAUUAAAAACUGACUCAAAAAUGAGCAAGAAAGGACAAUCACAAGCGCAGAAUGUACCUGAAGCAGCAGUUAAAAAUGAGAAACUGGCUCCAGUUUUUGCACAAAAAUCUGACUGUCAUCCAGAAGUCAAACGGAGGCUAAGAGAACACCACAGCGAGGCAGAUCUGAGAAGCGCAGACUCAGUCAAAGGGGGGGAUAAUUUUUCACCGCACCAACCUUUGGGUCGGUCCCUAAGCGAGGGCUCUUGUGUGAGCUCUCAUUUGGUGAGCAUCUCUGACUUUUCACCUUUGAAUGUAAGACACAAACACUGUCAGGGCAAAACACAGCCACUGGAACAAAAUCUGCAGCUCAUCCAAAAUAUGCCCAUUUCCCAUAACGAGAGUAUAUGCUCUGGAAACUUGAGCUGCGAGUCAAAAAGAGACAGUAAUGAAGAAGAGGGUGGGGGAUGUACAGUCUCACACCAGAGCCCUAAAGAGUCAAGGACCCCGGAGACAUUACUCACGGCAGCAGAAGACAAUGGCAGCAAUGUUUUGAAACUGCGGCGGAUCAUGGAGGAGCUGCUGUCCACAGAGAGGGAGUAUGUGAAGGCUCUAGGUUACGUUCGAGAGCACUACUUCCCUGAGCUAGAGAGGUCUGACGUCCCUCAGGACCUCAGGGGCCAGAGGGGGAGCAUCUUCGGCAACUUAGAAAAGCUCCACGACUUCCACCGACAUUUUUUCCUGAAUGAGUUGGAGACCUGCCUGAAUGAACCUUUCAGAGUGGGACGCUGCUUCCUACGACACAGAGAGAGCUUUGCCUUGUAUGCCCUUUACAGCAAGAACAAACCGCAGUCUGAUAGUCUUCUCAUCAAUCACGGACAGGCUUUCUUCAAGCAAAAGCAAUUGAAACUGGGGGAUAAAAUGGACCUGUGGUCAUACCUUUUGAAGCCCGUUCAGCGGAUCAGUAAGUACAGCUUGCUGCUCCAGGACAUGGUGAGGGAAUGCGGUGCAGGACAAACCAGAGAGAUGGCUGAGAUCAAGGCCGCCCUGGAGGUCAUCCACUUCCAACUCCGCCACGGCAACAACCUGCUGGCCAUGGACGCCAUCCAUCAGUGUGAUGUUAAUCUGAAGGAGCAGGGGCAGCUGAUACGUCAGGAUGAGUUCUGGGUCACAUUCAGGAAGAAGAAAUGUUUACGUCACAUUUUUCUCUUUCAAGAACUCAUCCUUUUCAGCAAAACCAGGAAGACAGACAUAGGAAAUGAAACAUAUGUCUACAAACAGUCAUUCAAGACAUCAGAUGUAGGGAUGACCCAGAACAGCGGUGACAGCGGCCUGUGUUUUGAGAUCUGGUUCAGGAAAAGAAAAACCCAGGACACAUACACACUUCAAGCAGUCAGCCGGGAGGUGAAGGAGGCAUGGACCAAGGACCUGGAACGAAUCUUGUGGGAGCAGGCGGUACACAACCGAGAGGUCCGCAUGCAGGAGAGAGUUUUCAUGGGUAUUGGAAACAAGCCUUUCAUGGACAUCCAGCCCAGUGAUGCAGCUAUCAAUGACAGAGCUGUCAACUACGUAUUAAUGGGAAGAGAGAACAGGGUGCUGUCCUCUUUGGGAUCAGGUAGUCCACAGGACAGGCUUCCUGGGGGUCGGCCAAAAUCUCUUGGUUCAGGAAGCAGUUCAUCUUCCUCCUCUUCUUCUGGAAGAGGUUCCCUGUCCCCUGUGGGAUACCUGUGUGGGCCAAAGCGGAGAGUGGUUUCAGGAGGCCCUGGAGGAUAUGUAUCGCCUCCUGGAGGUCUGGAGGAGGAUGACCUGGACCAUGAGAGUGGGAGUCACAAUUUAUUGUUGGACAGCUCUGAGUCAUCAGGAGAUAGUGUGAGUGGCUUCAGCAGCUCCAGUCACAGCUACCACUCUGCUAUUGGAGGAGAGGCGGAGGACACCUCCUCCGUCUCUGCCUCUGUGAUCACUGUUAAGGAAGCAGUGGUUGCUGAAGCGUCUGCGGUCUUCCACAAACCAAAUGCUCUGGCAGGAUCCCCAGAAAAAACCCAGCCACCAGUUGCACCAAAGCCCAAACCCAAACCACAAUACCAGGCCAAGGAUCUGCCCUGUGGCAAGGUUCAAACCACAACUGUUGGAAAAUCCACUGAGGUUUGACCUGCAAUGCGGUACAAGAUUUGGAGGCAACCCAAAAAAAGUCGUCUGUUGGUGUCAGCAUCAAACAGCAUCCUUUUAUACCAGCUGUUACUGAAAUCCAUUACCACUCUGUAAAUAAAUGUUUUUUUAAUCUCACCACUAAAAGAAUAGGUCACAAGAUGUCUGUGAAUGUACUGUACUUAAAUUGUGAUACAUUUCUAAAUGUGUAACUGACAUGGCUUUGCAUAGUGCACAGUCUACUUUCAUAGCUUAUGUAAAGGAUCAUACCUGCUAUUUAUAACAUAAUGCUAAACUUUACAGUAGUAAAAGAAUGCGGCUGAAUAAUCCUGAUGUGCCCCAUCCUGAUCCCAGGAGAUUAAUGAAAUCUUAAGGAGAUCCGUGAAGAACUGUGUCACAGAGACAAUGCCACUUUUAUGUCCUACAUGUAUUUUCUUUUGUACAGUUUUAUCAAAUUUAAUUACUUUAAUUCAUACUUAUUUCCUCUGAAAAUAAUACACAUUCACUCUGUACUUUCUUUUCAUUAACCGUUUUGUAUAAACUAAUAUGUUACUGGUAUGGAGAUAUGUAACACUUGUAUGGCUUUCAUUUUGAAAUACAAAACAAUGAUGAAU